AUGUCCGCCGCCAAACAAAAGGCCCAGCAGAUCAUCGACGAGAACGCCGUCGUGGUCUUCUCCAAGAGUUACUGCCCCUACUGUCGCGCAACCAAGUCGCUGCUGAACGGGGCACAUGCCAAAUACUACUUGCUCGAGCUGGAUGAAGUUGAUGAUGGCGCCGCAAUCCAAGACGCUCUCGAAGAAAUCACCGGCCAGCGCAGUGUCCCCAACAUCUUCAUCGACCACAAGCACAUUGGAGGCAACUCGGAUCUGCAGGCCAAGAAGGGCCAACUCAACGACCUCUUGAGCGCUGCAGGUGCCCUGUAA